CGUCCCUUUAAUUCACUGAAUAUUCUGAAUAUUCGGCACGACUCAUUUCUCACUAACGACUUUUACGGGAAGUACAGGCGCAAAAAGUCGCUGUAGAUUUAGAAACAGCUAAAGCGGUUGAAACAUGCGGUGAAAACGAUCUUUCUUUACUAAGAGCAGCGGGGAAAAGCCAGUGAGUAACGUUAUUUUCAUUCAGGAAUCACCUGACUCUCUUCAGUGGAAGCGCGUGCCCGAGCGCUGGAGAAGCACCGAGCGCGUGAACUGGACACGACCGCGUCUGCAGGUCCGGUGAAACCGCUCCUCAUCUGAGGCACCACAAAGUAUGAAUGAGCUCUGUGAUCCUUGACAUGAAGUUCAGUAGGAUGGACAGCUCUCCCCUCCCACAGGCAGAAAUAUCUUCCAACCCAUCACUCUGACGGACAGACAACUCACAUCCCAUAAACCACCAGGCACAAAACGGAGACCGAGAGAUACAGAAAACUCAGCCAUUCUGUCUGUAGAUGUUUUCAUACCUCAAGAAACACUGUGCAUUUCUGCAAACAGGUCCUGCAAACUCAUGAAGCUUCGGACACCAAGAGCUCAGUCUUUCCUAAAGGAUGACGAUCAGAGCACCAUCUACAUUAUAUAAUCGAUAUACUUGUUCAGUAUAAGUCUAGAAGUUUUGUCUGGAUGGUUUGAACCAGGAUGGCCAAGCUGUCCUACAGACUGCAGCACUUUUUAAGGCGAGCUCACCUGCUCUUGUUUUUUCUCGGUGUGGCUUAUAUCAUGGCAGGGAGCAUUUUACUGCUUCAGCGCUCCAGUGUGGUAACCUUUCAGAGAGAAACAGAAACGGUGGCACUCCCUUCCCUACCAGCGCCACCUAGAGCCCUGGAGGGACCUGCUGUCAGGUGGCUGUACAGGAGGAACAUCAUCCAGGAGAUGGAAAAUCUUGAGCAACCAGACAACAGAAAUGACCAGAAGCACCUCAUAACUCCUAACCUGGAGAUCAGGCAUCUCAGACGCCACUGGUUUCAGAGCAGUGCUGAACAGAAAAGCUCUUCUGAACAUCAUUUAUCACAAAAGGAAGCUAGACAUAAAGGGACCUACAUUGGAUGUUUCAUAAAUAAUGAGACGGAGCAUGCACUCGGUGGGACCGUUCUGUAUGAUUUCCGUAAAAUGACCAGCGCCUUGUGUCAGGACACCUGCUCAGAGAGUGGUUUCCGGUAUGCAGGACUGGAGUUUGGAUCGGAGUGUCACUGUGGGAAUCGUGUGUGCGCUCGUCGGGCUCGAGGAGAGGACUGUAAUCUGGACUGUCGGGGAGAGAAGGGAUCCCCCUGUGGAGGAGUGGGACGCAUGUCUGUUUACAGAGUUGAGGAUCGUCUUCCAGGACAAAGGAGAUACAGAACUGUGCACUACCACGGCUGUUAUAAGAGGCCAAAGAACUCAACCGCUGACCUCCUGAUCCAGACCUCUGGGCCGACACACACUCCUCAGAUGUGUAUCGAGAGCUGUACAGAUCAGGAUCUGCCAUUGGCCCUUUUGAGAGGGCAGGACUGUUUCUGCAGCCGUGCCUCAUUUCUCUUGACAAUCCAGAUAAGUAAAAAUGACCAAAUGUGCAAGAAGGCCAACCAAACAAACCAGACUUUCCCUCACGACCUGGACUUCUACUGGGUGUACAGCACUCCAGUGCAAGAUGCAACGUGCAAAGAAAGGUCAUUUCUGGCCCAGAAGUCCAGCGCUCUUGUGGCCCUGUCCAGUUUUCCAGGAGCAGGAAACACUUGGCUGCGUCACCUGAUUGAACUCGUCACUGGAUUCUACACCGGCAGCUAUUACUUUGACGGAUCUCUGUACAAUAAAGGUUUUAAAGGAGAGAAGGAUUACUGGCAGAGCGGGAGAGUGGUAUGCGUCAAGACUCAUGAAAGUGGCCAGCGAGAGAUCCAGAUGUUUGACUCUGCCAUCCUGCUGAUGAGAAACCCCUACCGCUCUCUGAUGGCAGAGUUCAACCGCAAGUGUGCAGGACACCUGGGCUACGCAUCCCACGCUCACUGGAGGAGCAAAGAGUGGAGUGAGUUUGUGGACAGCUACUCGUCCUGGUGGGUGUCUCAUGCUCUGGCCUGGCUGCGCUUUGCCCACCGCUUGCUGGUGGUGCAUUUUGAAGACCUCCAGAAAGAUCUCGUCCCCCAGUUAAAAACAGUCACCGCUUUCCUGAACAUCAGCAUCCCCGAGGAGAGGCUUCUGUGCACAGAGAGUGACCGAGAUGGACAUUUCAAACGCUCGGGAUCUCGAAACCUCAACUUUGACCCCUUUAGCCCAGAGAUGAGAGCUCGGAUUGACCAGUACAUCCAGAUGGUGGAUAAAGCCCUGCGGGACAGAAACCACAGUGGCCUGCCACACCAAUACAUCCCCAGGUGAUGGAGGGAGCGAACACAAACACAAAGUGCCUGAGUAAAAAAAACGCAACCUUUCAAAUGCUGUGUGUUCGUCUGUUGGUUUGUUUGUGGUGGUGUCGUCACCCGUUUACAGACUGUCUACUUUGUAUGCUUUA